UGAAGGGAACUUGUCGGGCUAACAGGUGACAGCUUGCUGCCAACACGAAAGCAUCGGCGAAACAUGAGGUACAACACAAACAAAUAGACAGAAUUCUCAACGGACAUGUCCUGCAAGGGCUAAUUUUUUAUUCUUGAUAUGAAUGUGUCCCAGUGAAAAGGGAAAACGGACAGAUCGUUGUUGUAGAACGAAGGAAGACUCUUAAUUGAGACCACGCCAUCCAUCCGUAACGAAGCGGCUAAGAGGCCUUCAAGGUUGCUUUAAUCUGGUGUGGCCAAUUCAGCGAUAAGAUCCUCUGGUGGUAGUGAGGCUGUUGAUCCCAUUGAGUGAGAGCUGAGGGGUGGCUGUGCAAGCACAGAGCGGCUCAGCAGGCGAGUACCCACGUAGACUAUAAACCGGGAUAUCCACCUACGACUUGAACCGUUACACAACGCUUUGGCAGAGCAGAGCAAAACACUGUGGCAUGGACAUUGACAUUACGAUUAUGAAAAUAGACCGGAUUUAGGUUUCUAAGUACAGACCGACUACCCACGACGUGGUGCGGGGACUUCACCAUGAACAUCCGAGGUUUAAGUGUUUUUCGGAGUUUGGAUAUGUUCUCAGCGGUAUCCGGGAUAUUCAGGAGGUCCACAGACUCCGGAAUUCCGGCUUUGGCUGUGCUUUGGGCCUUUCUUUCCACGACUGUUUCCCUCGCUUGCAGCUACAGCUUCAUCCAUCCUUUCUGGCUACUUCAUCCGGAUUAUAUUCAUUCCUUUGGCGUGUAUAACUACUGUUACAAUCACCCGAAACUUUACCGGCAAAUCUGUGAUACGUUCGGUGGUUAUUUCAGCUUUUCGAACCUCCCGUCCCAGGCGUGGCAGGCAGCCUGUGUCCUGUACGGUAGCGGCUGCUCCCUGAUGUUUGUCAGUACACUGUGUGCCUGUUUGUGCCUAUGUCUGUCGCGACCCUGUGAUCAGAGAUUAGCUGUCAUCGGCGGGGGACUGCAAAUAACGGCAGCAUUGGUCCUGAUCCUGGGAGUUUUGGUGUAUCCUCUAGGGACAGACUCGGAUUUACUGAGCUAUUACUGCGGAACGUCGGGACGGUAUAGUCUGGGACAUUGUGACAUAGGAUGGUCCUAUAUGAUGGCGAUAAUGGGCUCAUCCUUGGCGGUGUUUUGUCCUGUGCUCGCUUACUUCAUAGACACGGGCAAAUCUCAUAAAAACACGGAUGUGUUGUUAUGAUGACUUGAGAAUAACCAGUAAUAGAGGACAGAAAGCAAGUCGUCGUCUGAUUCAUAUUCAUGAGGGAAGAUGAGGUUACCGUUAUUGAUAAACUUGUGACCCGUAUGUGUGUCUUUGGAAAUGGGAGAAGAGCCGUCUUGGUACUGUUUCAAGACGGGUUGAGAUCAUGUAAGUGUUUGACCCCAAAAAUAUGCACCACGGAUUCAUGAACCGCUAUCGCAUCCUGACCAAUAGUGAGAUCUUAUGACCACGGCGCCAUGGACUUAUUCACCCUUUCAUUCAUAUGCGUGUAAAACCUGUGGAAAAGUCGAUUUGCAUAUCACGACGAUAUCAUUUCAUCAAAAAUAGGCCUUUACAUGAAAUAAGUUUUGGAUCCGGAUUCAGGACAGUUCAGAGGUUUUGUCACGACCAGGAUUGACAAUGCAUCCGGUUUAAUUGAUUAUCUCCUGUGUCGUCAAGUGGCUGAAAUGUGAUUCAGAAAUUCGUUACAUGUUUAUAUUAAGAACAAGGCAAGGCAACCGUGGAAGAUCACGUUAGACCUAAAACCACCAAGAAAACUCCUUCAACCGGGAUUCUAUAGUUAUAUCUUGUCUCAAAGAAGACAACUUUACCAGAAAAAAACAUUCACAUGUUGCCAUAGAGGAAUAAAGGAGAGAAAGCGCGGAUUCCUAUACUAUUGUCAAUAUAUGAAAUAUCCUAUUGGCUUACUUAACAGGGGAGCAGACAAUUUUUUGUGUACAGGUAAAAAUACUGGUAAAGUAAACAUAACUUUGGAAUGUUAAUAAGACUGGGUGUCUAAUAUGUAUGUAUGUUAAACAAUUUUCACAACGUGUCUGUGACACUGAAAGUCAUCAUACAAACCACUAAAAGAUACUUAAAGAGUACUCAUUCAUAAUUUAUUAAUUAAAUGAGAAGAUAUAUCCAUGUCCUAUGUGCUAAGUUACUGUAAGUAACUGCACUAGAAUGUUUAUACAAGGCUUAUUAGCUUAAAAAUUGGACCGUCACAUAAAGAUGUCUUGGUUGUUAAUUCCAUUGUCCUCGUUUGUUUUAAAAUAUGGUUUUAAUUCCAUAUUGCCCAGAAAGAUUAUCCAACAGCUUCGGAAAUCAUUAUUUUUGUCAGUGAUUGAAUGAUCAUGUUCAACAACGCUUUGAUGUGGAGUGUAGUUAGCUUGCUUAGGGACGGGGUGUUGUAUUUUCUACCAAUGAUUGAUAAUCAUCUUUGUAUGUGCCAAUGAUUUAACCACUUAAAAGCCUAUGCAAAACACUUUACAGAUGAAAUGUGUGCGGACGUCCUUAAGCCUUAGCAGCCACACAUGCCACAAAGUUACGCAUACAUGUAUGUUGCCUCAGUAAUCCUCCACGGCCAUUUCGAAACAGUCAAUUAACUCACGAGCAGUGAGGUCGUUGGGUCGAUUCCGAUUAUUGCUAGUUCAGGUUCGGCUUUAAAUAAGUCGUUGGUUAGCCACCUGGUGAGGGGCGGUGCUUUACUCCGGGUAUUCCAUUUCUCUGCCACCACAAAACUGACAGGAAAUGAAUUGAAUGAAAAGUGACAGCUUCGAGUUCGGCGAGUAAGGUUUUAAAGGCGGUAUAAUGUACUUGCGUUCUAUUAAAGUCACUAGAAAGUUUUGCGUGUGUUGAGAUCACCGGCGCUGCAGUACUUUUGAACUCAAGGUCGUGUGAAUGCGAUGCCGAUUCGUUUCGAAAACAGCCAGUUGACACAAGAUCAGUCAGGUUACUGGCUCGAUUCCAACUGUUCACAGUGUAAAUGAAGGCGUUUGUCUGACACCGUGCAGGCGAAACAGGGAACUUUAAUGCGGGCAUUCCGUUUUUCUGAAACCUUAAACAUGACAUAAAAUGAAUUAAAUGAAAAAUGACAACUUUUCUAGUACGGCGUUAAAAACUUAUAAUGUAUAAUGUACUCGUGUUGUAUGAGCAUCACCAGAAAGCUUUGUGUGUGUUAAGAUUGCCGAAGUGUUUUUGAACUCAAAGUCGUGUAAAUUUGUUGCAGAUUCGUGGGUACACAUAACCUUCUUGUUUUUGUUUAACCUUUUUUACUACAGGUUAGCUGUGGGCGCAGCCUUCUUCAGUUAGACCACUUUACAGUUUUAUUCAGACUAUGGAGUGAGGUUUGCACAUGUAAAUGCUACUCUUGUCGUUUCAGAGUCUAAUGUAAAUUGAUCUUUGAUUAUUUGGAUG